AGAUCGCAGGGAUAUCAAAACUGUUGAGAGAGAGAUAGAGAGAGAGAGAGAGAGAGAGAGAAGGUGAAGUGCAAUGGCGUCGUCAUUGUCGAAGUGGCUCGUAGACCCAAAGAAGAACUGGUUUGCUGCUCAACACAUGAAAUCUGUCUCUACACGCCUCCGCAGAUACGGUCUUCGAUACGACGAUCUGUACGACCCCUAUUACGAUCUGGACGUGAAGGAAGCUUUGAAUCGCCUUCCUCGAGAGAUCGUGGACGCGAGGAGCCAACGCCUCAAGCGUGCCAUGGACCUCUCCAUGAAGCACGAGUACCUCCCCAAUGGUUUGCAGGAAAUGCAGACGCCAUUUAGGAGUUAUCUUCAAGAUAUGUUGGCCCUUGUGAAGAGAGAGAAUGCUGAACGUGAAGCGUUGGGAGCGUUGCCCCUCUAUCAGCGCUGCAUUCCUUAAGCGUAUUUCUGUUUCUACCUCACCUACUUCUAAUUGAAGUGCAUCUUUGAUGGAAGAAUAAGACAAGAAUGGUAUUCCUGUUGGGUUCCAUGGGCAUGGAGAAAGAGCAGCAGCAUCAUGUGAGUUUUACAUUAGUCUGUUUCUCUUUAUAUAUGCGUUGACUGGAGGAUCGCCGAACUAGCCACUAUAAUUGUUUCUUUUCACAGCAUCAGUUUUCAUGUUGUGAUUGAUUAUAUUCAUCUGCUGGAUGCACAUGUUCAGCAGUUUUUUUUUAUAUAAAGGUACAAUUGUCUGCAUGUA